AAAAUAAAAAAUAACACAACAAUAGAGACAUCUUUCUCCUUGUUCUCAUGCUGUUUGUGCUCUUGCAAAAAAUUGAGUUCCAGAAUAUUUCAUCCAAAUUCCAAGUAGAACUGUAGAACUAUUUUCUUUUGCUUUUGAGUAUUCUCUCUCUCAUACUCAUAAAUCAUACUCUCUUUAAACUUUCCUCAUUAAAACUUAUAGUAUACUAGAUUUCAUUCAAUUUAAGAAAAGGAAUAGUCAAUAGUGUAAUCAACUUGGCACGAGAAAGCUGCUGUCUUUCUCUUUAUUUCUGGAAAUAAUACUGGAUUUUAUUCUUGCUUCACCUUUGAAGUUUUCAGCAUUUCCUCCCUCUGACUGAGGGAAGAAGGAAGCUGAUUCUUAAGGAUGAUAAUAUUGUAUAAUCAAGGGUUAUAAUGAAGGCUUAUUAAGAGUGUUUCAACUGCUGUAGUGCUGUGAAGGGAGGUUUCAUGUCUAAUUUCACUAUGAAAUUGGUUCAUAUACUGCCAUGGUUGGUAGUUCUUUGUAUCAUGAUGUUCUUGGAAGACACUUCUGGGUCAGAUAAAGUGAACAUUGGUGCGAUAUUUACUCUGGGUACAAUCAAUGGCAAGGUUUCACAAAUCGCAAUGAACGCUGCUGUGGACGAUAUAAACUCUGAUCCUAGCAUACUCAGUGGUCGUACCCUCUUUCUUGAUAUCCAUGAUUCCAAUUACAAUGGAUUCCUCAGCAUCAUGGGAGCAUUGCAGUUCAUGGAGACAGAUACUGUUGCUAUUAUUGGUCCUCAAUCAUCCAUAAUGGCGCAUGUGCUUUCUCACCUAGCAAAUCAACUUCAUGUCCCACUAUUGUCAUUCACAGCGCUUGAUCCUACGUUAUCACCUAUCCAAUAUCCGUACUUUUUCCAAACGGCCCCCAAUGAUUUGUUUCAAAUGGCUGCCAUUGCAGAAAUGGUAAGUUACUACCGAUGGACCCAAGUCAUAGCAAUCUUCACUGAUGAGGAACAGAGUCGGAAUGGGAUCACUGCAUUGGGUGACAAGCUUACAGAGAGGCGUGCCAAAAUCUCUUACAAGGCAGUUCUUCCCCCUGAUAUCAGAGGGCAGUUGAGUGUAGUAAAGCAGGAAUUAGCUAAGGUGAAGAUGAUGGAAUCUAGAGUGCUUGUUGUGCAUACUUUGUCUGCUUAUGGUAAAAUAAUCUUGGAGGCAGCUGAGGAGCUUGGCAUGAUAGGAGACGGGUAUGUUUGGAUAGCUACUGCCUGGUUGCCCGCGGUAUUAGAUUCUAAGCAAAACCCAGAGACUUACAAAAGGACUCAGGGGGUAAUCACUCUUCGUCCACAUACUCCUGAUUCACCAAGGAAAAAGGCAUUUAUCGCGAGGUGGAACAACCUGAGCAAAGGCUCAACUGGGUUGACGGUAUAUGGGUUGUAUGCCUAUGACACUGUUUGGUUAAUUGCCCGUGCAAUUGAUGCAUUUCUACGUCAAGGCAACAACAUAUCUUUUUCAAAUGAUCCGGUUUUGACUUCUGUUGGAGGAGGAAAUAUGAAUUUAAGUGCUUUGAGUAUCUUUGAUGGAGGCAGUGAAUUACUUAAGCUUAUACUGGAAACCAAUAUGACAGGUCUCACAGGCCCAAUUUGGUACAAUCCAGAUAGAGUUUUGGUUAACCCUUCUUUUGAUGUGAUUAACAUAGUUGGUAGCCAAAUGAGGCAGAUUGGAUACUGGUCAAACUAUUCUGGGUUAUCUGUUUUACCACCCGAAAUUCUUCGUGAAAGACCACAAAACCGUUCAAUGGCCAGUCAAAAGUUAUCCAGUGUUGUGUGGCCUGGAGGAACUAACCAGAUCCCUCGUGGAUGGGUUUUUCCACGUGAUGGGAGGAAAUUGCGGAUUGGGAUUCCUCGUCGGGUCAGCUUUCUUAAAUUUGUUUAUCAAGACAAUCAAACUCAUGCUAUCGGAGGAUAUUGCAUCGAUGUUUUCAAGGCAGCAGUAAAGUUGCUCCCAUAUGCAGUUUCUUAUGAAUUCAUAUUUUUUGGGGAUGGGCAUCAAAAUCCCAACUACAAUGAUCUUAUGAAAAGGAUCACAACUGGUGAAUUUGAAGCUGCUGUUGGCGACAUUGCGAUUGUAACCAAUCGCACAAUGAUUGUAGACUUCACUCAGCCAUAUGCAGAUUCAGGGUUGGUUGUAGUAGCCCCUGUUAAAAAGUUGAGCUCUAACAGUUGGGCUUUCUUGAGGCCAUUCACAGGACUCAUGUGGGCUGUGACUGGUGUAUUUUUCCUCGUAGUAGGGGCAGUCAUCUGGAUCCUAGAACACAGAUUAAAUGAUGAAUUUCGUGGGCCUCCCAGUAAACAGCUUAUGACAAUUCUGUGGUUUAGCUUCUCAACCCUGUUUUUUGCCCACAGAGAAAACACUGUGAGCACGCUUGGUAGGAUGGUUCUUGUCAUAUGGUUGUUUGUGGUUUUGAUCAUUCAGUCAAGCUAUACAGCUAGUUUGACUUCUUUCCUGACUGUCCAACAACUAUCAUUUUCAAUCAAAGGAAUCGAUUCAUUGAUUACUAGCAAUGCACCUAUUGGAUUUCAAGUAGGAUCUUAUGCAGAAAAUUAUCUGAAUGAGGAACUUAACAUCCAUAGAUCAAGGCUUAAGCCUCUAAAUUCCCCUGAAGAUUAUGCUGACGCUCUCAAAUCAGGAAGAGUUGCUGCUGUGGUUGAUGAACAGCCAUAUGUCGAUCUUUUUCUUUCCAACUACUGCCAGUUUGCAAUUUCAGGCCCACAAUUUACUAAGAGUGGCUGGGGAUUUGCGUUUAAAAGAGAUUCUCCAUUAGCCCUCGACAUGUCAACAGCCCUCCUUGAGCUAUCAGAGAAUGGGAGCCUACAAAAUAUCACCGAGUUUUGGCUCAAGAAAAAGCAAGGUUGUCAAUCACAGCUUUCUGUAAAUGAUUCUGAACAACUCAAGCUGGACAACUUCGUUGGACUAUUCCUUAUCUGUGGUGUUGCCUGUAUCCUCGCUCUUAUCAUAUACUUCUGCUUGAUGCUAUACCAAUUCCACGGGCAUUUGCCUCAACAGUCAGAAGCUUCAAGUCAUGGCAGCACUCGUUCUGCACGUCUGAGGACUUUCUUCUCAUUUGCUGAUAAAAAGGAAGAUUUGUCGCAAAGAAGGUUGAAGAGGAAACGUAUGCCUGCAUCAAUGCCAACUUAUGGUAAUGAAAUGAUGGAGAUUGAACCAGGGGAAAAUACAUCUAAAGGCCAAGAUUUUGAUAGGUAUCGUGGGAAUAAUCGUAAUGGUAAUGGUACUAUUUGGAAUCCAUAAGAAAUAAAUUUUCAGCAAAUCAUAGUUUACUGUGAUUAUGUCCAAAUAUAGUAGUAGACUAGUAGUAGUAGUAGAAAUUUGGUCUUAACCUUCGUUGAGAAUCUAUCAUACAUGUAGAAAUUCUUAGAUGUACACAGUCAAGUAGACCAGGGAAUGCAAUGGGCUGUAAAUAUGUAAUUGUGAAAUAUGACCAUUAUCUUGUUGCAAAAGAGAUGGACAGUCCAAUUACUGUAUAAAAUAAAUGUAACUGGGUUGAUGAAAAUGAUAACGAAAAAAUAUAUAUCUUUCCAUGUA